AUGUACCAGAUCUUAUUCCCGAAUGACAGUGAGGACAUGAUACCAUCGCCAUAUGUUGAUUCCAACUGGGAGCAAGGCUUUCGACUAGGAAGCAACAAUGACGAACUAGCCCGAUAUGAAGCAUUCCUACGUGAACGACUCCCUGGCGCCGUCCGCAUGGAGCUCGAAACGCUGAUCGAGCGCGACUUUCCCUACGUGGAGAGGAUCAUAAGCUCAACGAUCGAAAUAGUGCGCAAACAACAGCUCCGACUGUUCCAACUGUACACUUAUUCGCGAUUCGAAGGGGCGGAACCUUUAAACCACAACACACCACCGGUGGUCCGCGCUCUUGAUGAGCAAAUUGCUCAAGCCAUAAGCCGGAACGACAUUGGCAUCGGUCACGAUGCUUACCAGCCUACUGCAGAUCCGAGCACAGCGCACCUCUUGGACGCUCUUGCGCCCUACAAUGCCCCUCCCUAUUUGAGUGAACCAUUUGCAAAUGAUUUCGACGCUGUUCUGUUCGACAUGCAAGACUGCGGUCGACGAUCUAGCUCAAGAUUUUCAAGACUCGGCGUAUGGAAGUAA